AUGGUUCCAAAAACUCAUGUCCAAUGCAUUCUAUUUCUUCUUUCAUUGUUAUACACCAGUUGCAGAUUAGAAAUAAUGGAGUCUGAUUUUGACAAGUGGAUAUCAUGGAACAUGAAGAGUCACCAAAGAAAGACCAUUAUGGAAAACAAAAGAAGUGGUCUUGAUUUGAAGCUACAACGAGCAGAGAGUAACAAAACUAUCAUAAGAGUUAGCAAAGAUGGUGGUGCAGAUUUCAACACUAUUAAUGAAGCUAUUAAUAGCAUUUCACCACACAAUACUAGAAGAGUUGUUGUGUCCAUUGCACCUGGUGUUUAUAGGGAGAAAGUUGUCAUCCCCGAAACGUUGCCGUUUGUAACAUUUUUAGGAGAUGCAAAUGAUCGACCGACUAUUACUGGAAAUGACACAUCGUCUGUUACGCGAAGUGAUGGGACUACGUUGAAGACGUUUAAUAGUGCAACUGUUGCUGUGAAUGCUAGCUAUUUUAUAGCCAUUAAUAUUAUAUUUGAAAAUAAUGCUUCAUAUUUGGAAUCGAAAGUAGAACAAGCAGUUGCGCUUCGAAUCUCUGGAAAUAAAUCAGCUUUUUACAAUUGUUCUUUUUAUGGUGUUCAAGACACUUUGUAUGAUCACAAAGGCCUUCACUAUUUCAAAAGUUGUUUCAUUCAAGGUUCAACUGAUUUCAUAUUCGGCUAUGGAAGGACUCUUUAUGAGAAUUGUACUCUAAACUCUGUGACCAAGAACGUGACCUCCAUCACAGCUCAAAAGCGAUCAAACUCGACCCUUGACAGUGGAUUUUCCUUCAAAAAUUGCAAUGUAACAGGUAGUGGACAUGUUUAUCUUGGAAGACCAUGGGGAGAAUAUUCAAGAGUUGUAUACUCUUACACCUUCAUGGACAAGAUUGUUCUCCCAAAAGGAUGGGAUGAUAGUUGGGGUGACCAAAAGCGCAACUUGACGGUAUAUUAUGGAGAAUACAAGUGUAGUGGACCAGGAUCUAAUUUGUCUAAAAGAGUUCCAUGGGCACGGAUGCUAACGGAUGAAGAGGCCCAACCGUUUAUUGGAAUCCAUUUUGUUCAAGGGGAUACUUGGCUCAUCAGCCCUUAA